AUGGGAUCGAAAGAUAACGGAUCCAAAGAAGUAUUUGCUCAAUCGUUAUAUGCCCAAUCAGCACCAGUUGGGAAUGCGGCGAAAAAAGACAAAGAGAAAGAUACCAACACUGGACCAAAAAGUUCCACUACAUCGAGCAAUUCCAUAUCGAGAAAUCCAUCGUCUUCUCCAGCCAACACACCAUUAAAAGCAGAAACACUCAGAAUUGAUGAUAGGGGAAAGGAGAAAGAGGAGAAAACCACAAUUGAUAGGGGGCGUGAAAGGGAGAGACAGCAAGAGACCACCCAACAAGCCACUGAGAACAGUCUACAAGGAAAACCUCCUUCUGAUGACAAAAAGAAAAAGAAGAAGAAAACCAAAGGUCGCAGCGCUUCAGCCGAGCUUCCCGAUCGUGACGACUUUCCGAUUUUGGAGAAAAAGCUCCGGGAAUUCAACUUCUAUCAUGGAUUUCUACCCCGUGAAGAUUUGCAAUCCACAUUGCAAAAUCCAGGGGAUUAUUUGCUUCGUGUUUCAGAAGUAGUUGAGGGAGAGACGAAAGUUAACCGUGAAGUGAUUCUUUCUCUGAUUCCAAUUGUGGUUUUGGGAAAAGAUGAGGAAGACAAGAAAAAAUGCCGAAACGUUUGCAUUAAACGCGUUCAACAAUCCAACAAGUUUUUCUGCGAGAUCACCAGAACCUUCGAGUCCAUUUCUGAUCUUAUUACUUUCUAUACGAAAAACACUGGAGCUUGUUCUGCUGGAACUUUCCAACUCAAAAAUCCCAUUCUCCAGCAGCCAUGGGAAUUCAUGCAUUCAGAUGUCACAGUUGGUGAAAAACUAGGAGAGGGAGCAUUCGGAAAAGUUUGCUCAGGAACAUUGAAGCUGAAAGAUGGAACUAGUGUAGAAGUUGCGAUCAAAAUGACAAAAGUAUCUGCGUUUCUAAGCAAAAUGAAAAUUAAGGAGAUGAUGAAUGAAGCCAGAUUUAUUCGAAACUUUAAUCAUAAAAAUGUCGUGCGUUUGUAUGGAGUUGCUCAUGACGAGCAACCACUCUACAUUCUUUUGGAACUUGUCAAGGGAGGAUCACUACUCGAUCACUUAAAGCAUGCAAAAGCGGAAGGAAACCCGGUGUCGGUCGGAGAAAAAGUCCGAUUUUGUUCUGGAGCCGCAAAAGGGAUAGAUUAUUUACAUCGUAACAACUGUAUACAUCGAGAUAUCGCCGCUCGUAAUUGCUUGCUUCAUGAUAAAGAAGUCAAAGUAACUGACUUCGGGUUGUCCCGCACUGGGCCUUCUUACAGAAUCAAGACUAGUUGCAAAGUUCCCGUCAAAUGGCUUGCACCAGAGACGUUGAGCACAUUGAUUUUCUCAUACUCUACGGACGUUUACAGCUGGGGUAUCACUUGCUACGAAAUAUUCGCUGAUGGUGGAGAACCAUAUGACGGCGUUUCGAAUGCAACUGUGAAAUCUGAUGUAAUGGGAUUAAAAUUCCUCCCAAUGCCUUCGAACGCUCCUGAUGCCAUCAAAAAGUACAUGGCCAGUUUCAUCCUCGUGGACUCGACUCGUCGUGCGACUAUGACAAUGGUGGUAUCGGAGUUUGAAAGAUUUAUAUCAAUGAGUGAUUGUGGCUCAUUGGAGACGGUUGGAACCAAACAGAAAAUUUUCAAAGUUUUCAAGAAAAAACACGAAAAACAGUCGAAGGGAGAUUGA